CAGGCAAUGCAUAGUAUCUGAAACGAAUUGGUGUGCCUGGCAACCAAGAAAAUCAACAAAGUGAUGGACGCAUAGGUAUAUAUAUAUAUAUAUAUAUAAACACAACAGCUGUCGAAACUCAGCAAUAGACAGCAGAUGUCUUUCUCAAAUGUCCCUGAUAGGCAAUAUUACCGAAGAUUCAAAAAGAAAAAGAAAAAAAAAAGGAAAAAGUAUAAUCAUCAAGUACAUUUAUAUAAUACAAUUUUCAGAAAGAUUACAACAGGAAAAUCAAACUUUUUAAUUAAUAUACAGAGAAAGUGAAAGACAGACAGAGAAAGAGAGAGAGAGAGAGAGAGAGAGAGAGAGAGAGAGAGAGAGAGAGAGAGAGAGAAGAAAAAAAAAAAUUAAGAGAAGAGAAGAAGUAAAUAAAUAGGAUUAUCAAAAAAGAAAAAAAUAAAUAAAUAAAUAAAAAUGCAAUUCUUAAGACCUGGCCAGGAUGCUUUAGAGAUGGAGAUGAUGCCAGAAAUUGAAUUAACCAGAUUGAAGAGACAAUAUAGGAUAAUGGAGAAUGAUCGUAUGAAAUGUUCUGAGGAAGGCAGUCUUCAACUUCGUAAUCAACAGAUUAUGAUUGCUCGAUUGGAAUAUGAAAAAGCUGAAUUAUUGCUUGCUAUUAAAUCAGCCAAAUCAAAGACAUUUCUUAAGAAGGAUGAGAUGGAUGACGUUAAGUUGAAGGAAUUGUUCGAUCAACGUUCCAAAUUUAUUGAUUCGAUCAAAUUUGAAAAACAACAAAUCGGUGAACUUAAAAGGCAAAUUGGACAGAUAACGAAAGAAGUUACAGUAUUAAGAAGAAAAAUUCCAACCGAUGUACAAGCUAAGGAGAACAGUUUCAAACGACAUAAACUCAUUUCAAUGUUAGAAAAUCGAUUGGAAGUUGGUAUGAGAAGAUUUAAUACGAUAAUAGCAGAGAAUUUUAAGCUUCGUGAAGAGAUUGAAUCAUUAUUAAAAGAGAGAACACAAUUUACUACACUUUGGAAUAAACUUGUUGGACAAUUGAAUACAGGAAAACAAAUUAUUAAUGAUCUGAUAGAACAAGCUACUUUAACAUUUAAUCAAAGGGAUGAAGAGAUGAACAAAACUCAGGCACUUCGUGAAAAAGCUAUGAGAGAUUUUGAUGCUCAUAAAGCAGAGAUGUGUGAACUUCAGCGUACAUUGGACAACGAAAUGAAAUUACAAGAAUUUCUCGGUGUUAAAGGUCAAUAUCGAAAAACUAUAGACUUGCAAAUUAAACAGGAAGCCGAGAGAGCUGCUAAAAAACAAGAACAACAAGAUAAGAUAGCUACUUAUACUCAUAUUCUCAAUACGAUGAAAGAAUUUACAGGGGAGAACAAUAUUGACAGUCUUGUAGCUUAUUUUGUUAAACAAGAGGAAGAAAAUUUUGCACUUUUCAAUUAUGUCAAUGAACUGAAUGAUGAAAUGGAAUGUCUUCAAACGAAAAUGACAGAAUUGACGAUUGCCAUUGAUGAGGCAAGAAUGUUGCAUGAGUUUAGAGAAAAACAACAGGUGGAAACAUUGAAAAAUAUUACAGAUCAAUUGGAAGAACAAACAAAGUUAGCCGAUGAAGCCGAAGAAGAACUUAAUAAUUGCGAUCAAGAUAUAGAGAGAAUGUUAAAAGGUAUAGAAUCUCUCUUUAAAAUUGUUAAAUGUGAUAAUUCACCUAUUCUACAAUUACUCGGUGACAAUACACAUGUGACUAUGAGCAACGUUAUGCUAUAUCUUAAUAUUAUCGAGAAACGUAUAACAGAAAUGAUGCAUAAAGUUCAUUGGGUCGAUAAAGCUACUAUGGCAUCACAAUUGAGAUUAGACGAAGAUAAGAAACCAAAAUUGAAAGUUCCAUCUCUCACAGAAAUUGCUCCUACUCAACCCUGUGUACUGUAAGUCCUUAAUAAUUAUUAUCCAUUCCUUUAACUCUCAAUAAUCAAUGAUCAAUGAAAGGAUUAAAUUAACUCAUGAGUUAAAUCAAACAAUUCAUUUUCAAUACUUUAUACAAGAUUAUAGAGAAUUAUAGAGAGUUAAUAAUCCCUUCAUUAAUUCCUUUCCUAUAUUCAUUCCUAUGUUCUUCAUCAUUCAUUUGAAAAAAAGAACAAAAAAUUGAGACUACAUUCAAAUAUAAAUAAAUAUAUAUAUAUAUAUAUAUAUUUAGCUGCGUCGAGAAAGAAGAAAUGCAAGUGAUGACCGAAGGUUUAGAAAUUCCUCUAUCUCGAGAAGAAGCAAUAGAGAAAUUGAAAAUACGUCUUGAAAGUGAUUUCUCCGAAUUACUUCAUAAUGUAUCCGGUUGUCAUUUACCGGCUGCUAGAAAAGUCAUACAAAAGCG